AUGUGGAACUUGGGUGAAUGUUGUAAGGGUUGUAAAAGUAAGGAUCGGGUUGUGAUUGAUCACGAGGCGAGGAAGACGCAUUGCUCCGAGUGUGGUCUUGAUUCUGAUAUCGGUGAUUCUGGUCUCUCCAAUGUCACCACCGAGCAGAGUAAUGGUACCUCCGGUGAUUUCUUGUCCCUUACGCUCGGAAAUUCGCAGCAAGGUGGUGGCUCAGCACCCGUCUCCGUCGCCAACACCACCGUGACGAAGAAGAAUAGCUCCGAUCUCGAAUAUUCGGAGAAACGUGCCUUAGACGCCAUGAUGAUCAAUCUUGACUCUGAUCCCGUCUCCAUCGCGGCUAUGUCCUUUAGGUUAUGUCUUCCUGCGAAAGUCAACAAUAAGGCUAAAGAGAUAUUCAAGAAAGUGGAGAAGAUAUGCACAGAAAAGGAUCGAGUUGCCUUUAAUGCUGCUUGUAUCUACAUUGCAUGUCGACAAGAGGACAUGACUCGGCAUACGAAGGAAAUAUGCUCUGCUGUCACCGAGGCCACAAUGUAUGAGUAUGAUAUUUCCAAGGCAAUUGGGGUGAUAGCUGAGGCAACAAAGAUGGACAAAAAAUGGUUGAUGGAAGUCAAAGCUGCUGACUUUAUUAACCGGUUUUGCGCCAACCUUGGAAUGGAUGGCAAAGCAGUUAAAGCUGCUCAAGAAGCUGCUAAAAGUUCUGAAAUAAUUAAGAGUUUUGGCACUCCGAGAGCAGUUGCAGCUGUAAUCGUAUAUGUCAUUGCUCGAAUUUCUGAUAAUAAGAAGAAGCUGCUUAAAGAUGUCUUAAAAGCCACUGGAGUUGAAAGAAGUAGUAUAAGAAACGCAUACAAGAACCUGUACACAUAUCUUCCAACUAUUAUACCAAAGGGGUUUGCUGAUUUGAAGGACCUGCAUGAAGCUCUUGGAAGACCAUAA